AAAAAACAAGAAGGCAGCGUUGACGAUAAGCUGAGGCUCCCGAGACUGGAUACGAGCUCUCGAGUUUCCACUGAUGGUUCGGUUGCUCGCAAAGAGUCCAGUCGACUGCUCCGUCAGUGGAUGAGAGGACAACGAUGCGCUUGGACGCCAUACAACGCGCUUUGGUGUUGAUCGCGGCGCUAGCCGUAUCCAGCGAUGCCUCGGCGCUGUACCCUCGCGAGUCGGAGACACGGGAGGUGAAGCUCCUUGACGGGGUGUGGAACUUCCGCGCUACCAUCGGUUCGGAUCCCGAGGAGGGCUUCGUGAAGAAAUGGUUCCAGCAACCGCUCUCAUUGUCGGGGCCGGUGAUCCCGAUGCCCGUUCCGUCCAGCUUCAACGACGUGACGCAGAGCAAGGCGCUGCGCGACUUCGUCGGUUGGGUCUGGUACGACGUGGCGUUUUUCGCUCCCGCUCGCUGGGAGAAGCUGCGGGGUUCCGGAGGCCUUCGCGUGUUUCUACGCUUCGGCAGCGUCCACUACGAGGCCCGAGUCUACCUGAACGGAGCUCCUGUGGGCGCGCACGUGGGCGGUCAUCUGCCCUUUUCAGCAGAGGUGACGGGAGUCCUCCGCUACGGCCGUAAGAACCUGCUGACCGUGGCGGUAAACAACACGCUAACCGCGGCUACCAUUCCCCAGGGUACACUGUUCCGACCGAAUAACACCAGCAGGUAUCCCAACGGCUACUAUCGCCUGGAUGUGCCUUUCGACUUCUUCAACUAUGCGGGCAUCCACAGGAGCGUCGCUUUGUACACCACUCCGAGUGACUUCAUAGACGACGUUCUCUUCGUGACCAAGAAGGCAACGGAUGAACUCGCGGUGGUGGACUUCAGCGUUGACGUGAAGACUGAGAACGGAACGUCCAACUGCCGCGUGGCCCUGCUGGACGAUCGGGGCGAUGUGGCUGCUUCGUCCGCGGGCUGCGCAGGUCAGCUGUCCCUGAGCGACGCCAAGCUGUGGUGGCCCGUGGGCAUGCACAGCGAGCCGGGAUACCUCUACACGGCCAGGGUGGAAGCCACGGUGGGCGACGCGACUGACGUCUACUACCAGAAAGUGGGCCUCCGCACCGUGCGGGUCACCAAUGAAAGCUUGCUCAUCAACGAGCGGCCCUUCUACCUGAUGGGUUUCGGCAAGCACGAGGACUCGAACAUUCGUGGCAAGGGUCUCGACAUGGCGCUCGUGGUGAAGGACUUCAACUUGAUCCACUGGCUGGGCGCCAACUCGUUCCGCACGUCUCACUACCCGUACGCCGAGGAGAUCAUGGACCAGGCGGACGCCCAGGGCAUCGCCGUCAUCGACGAGGCGCCCGCUGUGGCCCUUUCCUCUUUCGACGACGCAAUGCUGGAGCAGCACAAAGAACGCAUGAGGGAGCUGGUGCAACGCGACAAGAACCGGCCCUCGGUCAUUCUGUGGUCGGUGGCCAACGAGCCGAGGUCCAACAAGCAUCCGGCAGGUCGCUACUUCGCCAGUCUCGCAGACUACGUCCGCACUAUGGAUGCCACGCGGCCCAUCACUGCGGCCCUCAGCACGAAUUACGACCAGGACCUCGCGGGCGACCACUUGGACGUCAUCAUGCAUAACAAUUACCCGGCCUGGUACAGUGACACCGGCUCGACCGAAGUCAUCGUGCCGCAGAUCGUGGACGAGUACGAACACAUGUGGGAGCGAUACCGGAAACCCAUCAUGAUAAGCGAGUACGGAGCCGCCUCUGUCGUCGGCCUCCACGCCGACCCGGCGUUCGUCUUCACCGAGGACUUCCAGACGGAGGCCUUCGGCUGCUUCCAUCGGGCAUUCGACCAGCUGCGCGAGAGGGGCUUCUUUUUCGGCGAGCACGUGUGGAACUUCGCCGACUUCAUGACCACGCAGAAAGACAAUCGAGUUUACGGGAACCGCAAGGGCAUCCUGACGCGAGAACGCCAGCCUAAAGCUGCGGCAAAAGUGAUCCGCUGCCGAUAUUACAAACUGGCCAAUAGGGCGCUACCAGAUUCGGAUGCCUACUGUAUUCCGGACGGACGACGGUAAAUUGGGUGGGUAUAUUUACGUGGGAACGACCAGUGCACGGGGAUAGGUUGUUUGUAAAUUUACACUCUUUGUGCUAUACAAACACCAAGGGAAAGGAAGUGCAGUCGAGGACGGCAGAAAAGUAGGUGGGGUGAUGAAAUUCACAAAUUUCCAGGCGCAAGUUCGAAUCAGAUGGCUCAAGACAGGGAUCAUUGGUGGUGGUGGUGAAAACUUUAUUGAGUCGUUUGAGCCUUAUUAAGUUGUUCUUUCUCUCUCUCCCUUCCAGUGAUCUCCAGUGAUCCCUAUUCCUAAGGUGUCACCUCAUAGGGAUCAUUGGAGAUCACUGGAAGGGAGAGAGAGAAAGAACAACUUUAUUGGUUCAUAAGGCAGGCAAGGGACUGGCGCCGACUACAGACGGACACCUUUCCUAACUUGCACCGGCUAUAUAAGAUGUACAGCCUCCCGCAAUUUUAGCUAUAUCGCGCGAGAACACUAUAAUAUGGUCGUACCUCGUCCUGAAGGGAACAUCGCAUUAGACGACUCUUUCACAGGAGAGUGCUUAGUGCACUUGAGAGUACUUCUGCUGGUCUCGCUGGUUAUCACCGCUUAAGGACGCUAAAAUGAAGCGUGAUGGACGCUCGCGCGAUAUACCUAAAAAUGCGGGAGGCUGUACCUCGCUGGAAAAGACCUUCGCCCUGCAGAGGACAUAAAAAAAGCUGAUGAUGAUGAUGAUGAUGAUGAUGAUGAUGAUGAUGAUAUACAAUAUGAACGCUUCAGCCUGUAUUUACGUAUAUGUGGCUGUGAACUUCUCUUCUUCUCAUCUUUAUGUCCGCUUCUUAUUGCGAUAGCAAUUAUAUGGACACUCCAAAGUGGAUUUCUGCCGUCGUCGUCGCCGUCGCCGUGAGGUUCCGUAUGACGUCAACGGCGAUGAAAUCGUCGCCGCGCUCCGGACGCUGUAUGUACGAGUGAAAGGGCGUGAGGGACGCGCGCUUUCACGGGGAACGAACACACGUCGCAAAGCAGACGCGUUCUGCGCCGUGCUCCCUGAAGGGCUGCAGAAUUAAGCGUCUCCUUCCUCCUUUACAAUCACCAUUAUAUUGACAGCAAACGCGACUUUUUCCGUCGCGCGAAAGGCAGCGAAGGGACGGGAGGGAGGGAGGGGA